GCGGCGGCGGGGCCCCGAACGGGCGCCUCCUCCCGGCCCGGCACGGCCCCCCUCCCGGCGCAGGGCCAGGCCCGGGCGGGGGGCCCCGGGGCCGGCGACUCUUUGGCCCCGUCGGGGCGGCCGGGGGGCAGCAGGGGCGGGGCGAUGCCGGGCGGUGGCGGCCCCGGCCGGGGCCGGUGACCAUGGGCAUCGCCGAGUCCACGCCGGACGAGCUGCCGUCGGACGCGGAGGAGCAGCUGCGCAACGGCGAGCAGCAGCUGGAGCUGAGCGGGCGGCGGCUGCGGCGGCUGCCCAGCGCCGUGUGCGCGCUGAGCCGCCUGCAGAAGCUGUACGUGAGCGGCACGGGGCUGCGCGAGCUGCCCGAGGAGAUCGAGGAGCUGCGCGAGCUGCGCAUCCUGGCGCUCGACUUCAACAAGCUCGAGCGCCUGCCCGACGGCCUGUGUCGCCUGCCGCGCCUCACGCGCCUCUACCUGGGCAGCAACCGGCUGCUGGCGCUGCCCGCCGACUUCGCGCAGCUGCAGAGCCUGCGCUGCCUCUGGAUCGAGGGCAACUUCCUGCGGCGCUUCCCGCGGCCGCUGCUGCGCCUGGUGGCGCUGCAGUCGCUGCAGAUGGGCGACAACCGGCUGCGCGCACUGCCCGCCGAGCUGCCGCGCAUGACGGGCUUGCGCGGCCUCUGGCUCUACGGCAACCGCUUCGAGGAGUUCCCGCCCGCGCUGCUGCGCAUGGGCCGCCUGCACAUCCUCGACCUCGACCGCAACCGCCUGGGCGGCUUCCCCGACCUGCACCCGCUGCGCGCGCUGCGCGUCUUCUCCUACGACCACAACCCGGUCACGGGGCCCCCGCGUGUCGCCGACACCGUCUUCCUAGUGGGGGAGGGCGCCGUCGAGCGCAUGGCCGAACGCGACGAGCCCACGCCCCGGCCACCGCCCCGGCGCCCGGCGCGGGCCUUUGAGGAUGAGGAGGAAGAAGACCUGCUCAUAGGGGGCGCUGGCUCCCGGGCUCUGCGACCCACCGGGGGCAGCCUCCGCGCCCUGGAAGCCGCUCCAGGACUGGGCACCUGAGCCUGCGCUCUGGGUCAUGGGCUUCGGCCGCUCUGGAAGGAGGGGCCCUGGGAAGCUUUGGCUGCCCAGGCCUGGGGGAGCAGUAGGCCCCCACUUGGAGCAAUGGAGGGGCCACUUUGGGCGAGCUGCCCGGGGGCCAUCUUCAGAUACUCCUGGGUAGUGAGAAGACCGGCCCUGGCUGAACUGUGAGCAGUUGUCAGACCAAGAAGUCUGGGCUGGGUCCAGUCCGAUAGAGCCACUGAUAACACGACAGAGGUGCCAGCUUCCUUCUGGAACCAGGGCCACGGAUCCACGGAAUCAUCACCUCUGGCUGAGUUUGGAUGCACAGGUCACCCACCACCCUCCCUUCUUCUAGGGUUUGGAUCUCCUAGACGGAGGCACAUCCUUUCUGGUGCAGGAGCUGCUACCUCUGGGGUGGACCGUGUGCCUGUGUGAGGCUGAACUGCCCUUGGGAGGAGGGCCUGGCCCAGGGGCAGGGGCUUGCAGUGGGGCCGGUGCCAGGACAGAAGCGGGAAACUGAGAAUGAGGCCCUAACACCGCAGGUGCCCUCCCUCCUUGUCAGGGCUCAUAGUACAUACCUCCCAGGCCCCUGAGAUUUGUAUGGGGCACAGAAGGCAGGGGCUCCUCCCGCACCUAAUAUUUUGUUCUCUUCUCCCAGCAUGGGCCUGGAAUCUUGCUGGGCAAAGAGAGCCCUCCCUUCUUUCCCCACAGCCUGAGCCUUCCAGCUGUCAAGUUUGAAAAGAAGCCACUGUGCCUCCAGGGCCUCCUGUGCUGAAGAGAGGGGCUCUCUGCUCUGGGAGGCUGCUCAGCGCCUCUCCCACUGCCUGCACUCUCCAUUCCCUUAAAUGGGCACGGCCAGGGUGGCUGGCACAGCGCGAGGCACAGGACAGGCACUGUGUGCCCCCACUCUGUCACCAAGGACAGCCUUGAGGGGGUGAGGAGAGGAGAGGGGCCUUGCUCUGUAAUUCCCAGGGCCAGAUCUUUCCUAUCCAAGCAAUAACAGGAGGAGGGGGACAGGACUGAGGACACUCAGGGACACUGUCGGGGCAAGGGCCCCGCAUGGUAGUGUUUUCUUUAGGAAAAAAAAAAUACUGGCUGUAAACAUAAAUUAUAUUUCUUGGAGAAAGAA